GUCGAACGUAGGGCAUUUGUGAGAUUCGUAAAUAAACAGGCGAUAACCUUUGGCGGAUUGGGAAACUAGCAGUUCAGGACUUACUUUUUUCUCUGGAUCGUCCACACGCAACAUUUUGGUACGGAAGUCACAGUGUUAGUGAAAAGAUGUCGGGUUUACCUCAUUAUGCAGUUGGAGAGGUAGUGAAGGGGUUUGGCAGAGGUUCUAAGGAUUUAGGAAUACCGACUGCAAAUUAUCCUGAAAGUGUAGUUGAUAACCUACCCGAAUCUAUAAAAACCGGAGUUUAUUGUGGCUUCGCAUCAGUAGACAACAAUAAAGUACACAAAAUGGUCAUCAGUAUUGGUUGGAACCCUACAUAUGGCAACACGAAAAAAUCUAUGGAAACUCACAUUAUCGAUAUGCAAGAAGGGGACUUUUAUGGAAAAACUUUGAAAAUUGCGAUUGUAAAGUACAUUAGAGACGAGUUAAAGUUUACAACAUUACAGGAUCUCAUUGAUAGCAUUCAUAAUGAUAUAAAAUAUGCUAAAGACGAAUUAGACAAGCCAGAUUACGAGAAAAUAAAAAAUGACAAUUUUUUUAAAAGUUAACUUACCAUUAGAUAAUUUGUACUUAAUCAUAAGUAUUCGAAUUUUUAUUGAAAAGCUGUAAAAAUCUCAAUUAAUUGAAUGUUAAUAUUUUUUUAGUUUAUAAUAUUUCAGUGAUGGUUUAGGGUAAAUAAAAACUUCAUUUAUA